AUGGCAGACUCAAUCGAUCCAUUCCUGGACCAACACAUUCUCUACGACACUGAAUACGAUGCCAUCAUCGACAUGGUCGGGCACGGCGAAGAGGCGCCGCCAGACUGGCCGGCGGUGGCCAUUCGAGUCGACCAGGCACUGAGCGACCCGGCGUUGCCGCGCUGGUACCGGGCUGAGUAUCAGCUCAUUCGCGCGAUGUACGCUCACGAUCCGGAGUCGCACCUCAACCAUGCGCGUGCGUCCGUUGCCGACAUGGUCCAAGUACUUCGGGACGAUGAGAAGUCAGCGGAGGAGAUUGACGAGCGUCUCGCGCCUCUGCGGGACCUGCUCACUAUCAUCGAAGGCGCACUCCAGGAGAAGGAGACGUCCAAGGAACGGACCGAGACCACGUCGAACGAGAAUAACGUGGCCGGGAAACCGGCCCAGACGGGUCCAGCGACGACAUCUGCUGCGGCGGUGCGGCCGGAGGAAGACCACGGGGAGCUCGUGAUGGUCGAUGAGGAGGAGCUGAAGCAGGACGAGCAGAGCGACGGCGCAGCCAUGCCGAUGGACGGGGACAAGGGCGCAGAUUGA